UUCCUUGCUCCCAAAGCAUGGUAUUUACCGGGCCCCUUAUUGACUCCCCAAACCGACGUGAGCAAAGCAUAGUCACACAGCGAAGGUGUGAGCGAGCGAGACGGAGACAGAGAGAGAGAUGGUGACGACGGACUGGGGGCCGAUCAUCGUGGCGGUGGUGCUGUUCAUCCUGCUGUCGCCGGGGUUCCUGUUCCAGCUGCCGGCGAGGGUCAGGGUUGUGGAGUUCGGCAACAUGGGCACCAGCGCCCUCGCCAUCCUCGUCCACGCCAUCCUCUACUUCUGCAUACUCACCAUCGUGGUGGUAGCCAUCGGCGUGCAUGUGUACACAACCAAACCGGAUCCGGUGGAGUAGAUUGAAAUUUGCGUGUGUGUUUUUCAGUUCUGCUGCUCUUGUCUAUUUUUUCAGUACUCAAUAUAAGUGGAUGCAGGAGUAUCUAUUUUGUAAUAUAUACGCAGAUAACACGAUUAUCGUCUUUAUUGAUCAUGAUAUUGAGCAAGCGAAGAACA